AUGGCUCCUUCUCCCUCACCCAAAUUCCAUAUCUCUCUCGUUCUCCUCGUCCUAUACCUGCUCCUCAUUCUCGCACAUGCCGAGCAGAUCGUCCAAACAACCGUCGUCAUAGUCACCGUCGGUGCAACCGCUACUCCAACCGUUCCACAACCCCCGUCUUAUACCUCCGCGGAUGUCUUCAAAGAUGACGUCCUCUCCGCCAGCAACAGCUACCGCCGCGCCCACAAUGCAACGGAUCUCCUCUGGAACGAAACGCUAACAGACUACGCCCACGCCUGGGCCCAGAAAUGUAAAUGGAAACAUUCGCACGGACCGUAUGGCGAGAACCUCGCCUUCGGGUAUCCCAACGCAUCGGCAGCCAUCGCCGCCUGGGGCGACGAAGUCCGCCACUACGAUUUCCACAAACCAACCGGGUUCACGGAGGAGACGGGCCAUUUCACCCAGCUGGUCUGGAAGGCCACGAGGCAGGUGGGAUGCGCGGCGGUCGAUUGCGGAUAUACGGGGGACGACGAUGACGCGAAGGAUGCCUCUGGACGGUAUCGCUACGCGCAGGGCUGGUACGUCGUCUGCGAGUAUCUGCCGCCGGGGAAUGUGAUGGGCGGGACGGAGGCCAUGGGUGGCGAGAAUGGUCUGUUCAUGGUCAAUGUGCAGCCGUCUAGUACGUAUUCGGGGCCGUCGACGACGACCUCGAUGGAUGAUCCGGCUACGAGUACAGCUGCGACUAGUGGUGCAAGCAGGGUUUUGGUGUUGGAGGGCCGCAGCUGGACUGGGCGCCUGGCGAUACUGGGUAUGAUAUUGUUCUGGUUCAUAUUAGCUUGA